UUUUGAAAUGUUUUUGAAUUUUUUUUAAAGAUGAUGGAAAUGUGGAUAUAUAGGAGAACAUAGGGAGAACAAUGCUCUAUAAUAUACAACGAUGACAACUAUGAACUAUUUGCUUCCAUCGGAAAUAGCUAGACUUGUUCUAGGCUAUUUAAAAGAAGUCAACUGUCAUAGAACUUACAAUGUCUUUCUGGAGGAGUCUGCAGACAUACAGGAGUAUGCUCUUUUAUUAAAGAUAGGCAGGGAAUAUCCUACCACAAUUGAUGGUGAAUCUCUUGUGACAAAAUUAAACAAUUACUGUCUCAGGAAAGCCUCAGGUAGUGCAUCUCAAUCUGGAAGUAAUAAAUAUAACAAUGUUAUCAACCUGUUACAAUCGGGGACAACAAAUGUAACAAAUGCGUUACAAGCAGGGACAACAAAUGUAUCUCCGCAUACAAAUACGUUACAGUUAGGGACAGUGAAUGUUAAUUCACAGACACAGUAUGUGUUACAUUCAGAGACACCAGAUUCUUCAUUGCUACAAUCUGGGACUGGAACGAGCUUCACACAAAGCAGUGUUCGACAGGGUCGACCUACUCGUAUUGACACAGCAGUAUCUCGUCCAAUAUGUACGUCACAAGUUGCACCCACAGUUCAGAGGCCUCUAAAUCCUGUGUCGUCCAAUGUGCUUCUUUCAAUGCCUGAUAUUACAACAGCAGUUUCAAACAGAAGAGGACAAAAUAAGCAGAGUUCACGAACUAGACACUUAAACAUGUGUCUCCAAGUGUCACAGUCCUUACAGGGUUUUAAUAAACCACCCUCACAUACUAUAACAUCGAACUCAAUGAAAAUAGCAAAUACCAAUGGAAAUAUAGCAAAUACAAAUGAAAAUAUAGCAAAUACCAAUGAAAAUUCAGAUACCUUUGGAAAUGCAAAUACCAGUGAAAAUGAUAUUCAGUUUGAUGAUCAAGCAUCGAUUGGAUCUCCGUGUCAAAGUUUACGGAUUAUAGAAUCUCCAUUUAAAUCUCCUAAUCGUCCCGAAGCAACUAGCUCACCUUUAAAACGUGCUACAAGACAACGUGUUCGAAGGAAAUUAACGUCGCCAAAUAAACCAGGUUAUCGGAAGGAAUUUCCUAAUGUAAUAUCAGGGUCUAGUGAGAGUCUACCAGGAGUGGAACAAAACAGUGAAAAUUCUGGAGUGAGUCGAGAGAAUGUGAAGACGAACAGUCAAUUAAACACGGGGAUGUCGAAUUCAGUGGGCAGUCGGAAUAACACACAAAGCAACAAUUCUAGCAAUACUCAGCUAGGUGCAAUUUCAAGGGAUGGCACCAAAACUGUCAAAGAGCUGAUUGACAUCAGCAAAGGAGGAUUAAUUGACAGGAGGGAGGAGCCAAUUGAGAGGAGGGAGGAGCUUAUAGAAAGGAGGGAGAGUAUGGAACAAAUCAGAAAACAACAAGAGCAGACCCCACCAAAGAAACCAACCUCUUCAGUAUAUUCUGCUACAGCUAUGUUCGGCGAGAUGAGCCCGGCAGACAGUUGCUCCACAGCAUUCACGUCAGAAUUGAACACUCCAAAUAAGGACAGGCUCUCAACAUUGCGGAGGACUCCUAAAAGAAAGAGUCAUGCUCCUAAAAGACGUAGUUUUCCAACAGCAACCCUUGAUGAGCUAAGACCCCCUACAGGGCGACCAGAGACAACUAGUGAAAAGACAAGUCGACCACCUGUUGAAGAUCUCAUUGAUAUGCCUAAUAUUAUUCAAGAUCUUCUAAACAAUCCCGACAUUCACAACAAACUUGCUGAAAACAUCAACAAAGCUAGCAGUGCCAUUCAUGUACCCCCCAAAGCUCAAAAAACUGGAGUGCAGAAAAAAGUAAGCUCACCAGCUGUUAAAAAACGUGUUAGGAGUGGACAAGCGACGUUGACUGCUCCAGUGAGUGACCUUGAGCCAGGCCCAGUUCCCCAUGAGCGAUCCCUUGAGGCUAUUUUAGGAAUUGAGGAGAAUACAAUGGAUGAAACCGCCAUAAAAGAUAUUGUUACAAUGACACAGACUGACCCAGCCUUUGAUGCACUGUUUGACCUCUUCAAAGUUGACAAGGAUGACUUCAUAGAGAAGGAAUAUCUCAGUAAAUCGGCAAGUAAGAAGAGUCUGACCCUACAGCAUCAGCAAAUGCACUCAAACAGUGCAACAACUCCACAACAACAACAACAACAAUUUCAGCAGGUGCAUUCAAAUAGGAGUGCAACUCCACAAAGACAACAACAAGUUCACUUAAAUGAAAAGUUGCACAUGUCUCCCGAGAUGCACAGUACAAGGAAUCUGCAGAACAUUCAGCAUGAAGUUCACAAAAUGGAGAAUAUCCUUUCUCCAUGUGUUCCCGACACACAAAUUGAACCCUCUGAAAACAACCCUUCCACCAGCUUGAAUAGCAGCUCUGAACUACCUCAAAAUAACAACAAUCAAAGUGCCAAAAUUCAUCUACUAGAUGGCGCUGCUAUGCCCUUAUGUACAACAGCUGGCAGCACAAGAAUCCCUGCAAAAACUUCAAAUCGUAAAAUCAAUUCAUCAAUGGAUGAAAAUGAAAUUAAUGAUUCUUUGGAAAUAGAAUGUGCAAGUGAUAUUCAGAUAGUAAAAGAACUGCAAACUAAAUCAGGGAAUGCUACUGGGAAGAAGUCAGUGAAAGGUACUACUAAGAAAAAACCUAAAUUAAAAGCUACUCUGAGUUUACCAAAGAAGACAAUUGGUGCUAAAAACAAAGGUGCUGUAAAAAAGAAAUCACUGAAGACGGAAAGUUUAGAUGGCGCUAGUACUAUCUCUGCUAAACAAGCAUCUGAUCUUGGGCUUGUCACAGCCACAUGUCCUGCAACUUCAAGAACACCAAGGAAAAUUGCACCUAAACUGGGAGGAGCUAGUGUUUACAUGAUGUCCCCAAGCAAGCCCUCCCCUUACAAUGUUCAACCUGCUACUCUUGUACAACUUACACCAUCAAAACAGAUUGUCACAUCCAGCAAUACAACAGGUGCUGUGCAGUCUCUGCAUUUCUCGCCAAAACAGAUCCCGAUUACUGUGACACUAAACAACCAGGUCAUACCCUCAACCAACCCAAUAAUUAUACAAACUCAAGGACCACCGAUUGGUCCAAAUAUCACACAAGGAUCCAUGGGGGUUACACAAACUAAUUCAGGAUCACUAGGGGUCACAAGUUGUAAUCCAGGGACAGGUACAAGGCAGACGACAUUAUCAGAGACAAUUCAAAAUGUAGAAAGAACAAGACCCGCUCUGGAACAGGGUGUACCUAGAGAUGUACAAGAUAUACGAAAAUUAGAAUCUGAAUUAGUAAGUGAAAAUAUCAAUCGACUUAAGGCCCAGCAGAAAGUAUCGACUGGGAGAAAAAAGAGCUCUUCAAAUAGUAAGGAUGAAAAUGAUUUACCAUCAGUGCCACCUAUAGGUGGUAACAGUGAUGAAAUGCUGCCAUCUAUUGAGCCCCAUUCACCAUCAGAGUUACAAAAUAAACUAAAGAAAGUUAGUAAAUCUAGUGCAAUCAAAAUUGCUACUCAUAUUCGGACACUUUCCUUUGACUCAUCGAAGGAAGAAAUUACAUACAAGGGAUAUCACACAAGAAAUCGAGGAUCAAAGACGAGAACUAUUCAAAACGUAGUUCCAACUACGGAGCACAGCUCAAUCUCACAAAACAUUAAUCCCAAAUUGACAAAUCCUGUAAGUUCAGUAUGUGAGCAAGAGGGGAAAACUUGGAAUAAUGUAGUAAUGGUCAAUACUCUGGGAAAAGGAGUGAAAUCAGAUGACAAACAUGAACUUGAUGAAUUGAAUGAUGAUCCAGGAAUGAAUGAAAAGGACCUGGAGUCUUCUGUUGAGGAAUUAACACCUGGUGACAUGGAAACUGAAUCAAGAAGUAGUUGCGAAAAUCAGGUAAAGGAAAGACUUUCAACAAAAACAGAUAAGAAAAGUCCCUCUAGAAAGUCAAAACGAAAUACCAGAAAAGACUCCAAAUCUGGAAAAUCAAAAAUCUCAAAAUCUAAAGAAUCAUCGAAAAUUUUAAAGAAAUCAAAAGAAUUGAAAAGUACACUACCUGAAGCACCAUUUGUACCGACAAGUAUCGAACAGAGUACUCCUCGAAAGUCUAACAAUGUCGAAUCAGAUGACAGAUCAUUUGAAACGGAGGUUGCGGAGGCCCUUGUUGCACUUGGAACAGAAGUGAGGACCCCAAAUAAAGAUGGAGUUAUCGUAAGCAUACCUGACUUUACACCUGAAAAAUGUUUCGUUGAAAAAGGCUUCAAAACUCCCACCAAGAAUUUUGCGAGUCCAAGUAAAUGUAUGUCACCGAGAACUGCUCAGUUACAAUCCUUAAUUGAUCUGGCAAAUAUACAACAUGAGGAAAUCCAAAUGGCAAACACAACCAGGUCAAACGGUGCUUCACCAUCGGGGAAAUCAAUAAUGAAAAGCCCAAGUACGUCUGGAUUAAAAGCCGUCAAAUUCUCCUCAAUCAAAGAUCGAUCUCCAAGUGCAAAAACUAGCAGUAAACGGGUCCAAUUUUCACCAAGUGUUGUUGAUAAUUCUCACAGUAACAGUCCAAAAAAAUUAGACUCGAAACGCAAAUCAAAAACGAAAUCAAAAAAGACAUCAAAAAUACCAAAAGUGAUUCAAGAGACAACUCAAACACUUAAUAAGUCGCAAUCUAGUGACGUGCCUGCCCCUCAUGUGUCCUCGGAUGACCCCCAACUUCCAACCAGUACAACAAAAGUGAAUGGAGAACUCGAGGCCAGUGACGUUGAUAAACAAAAUAAUUCUUCACAUGAGGAUGGGCCUCAUGAAACGCCAAAACCAACAUCAAGAAAGAGAAAGAGAGAACCUGAUGGUGAAGAAACUAGAAAGAAAAAGCCAAAGAAGUACAAGACAAAGAGUAAGUCAAAGAAGUUACCAGUGAAUCUAGGCGAAAUGGACAUAGAUGCCUUUUUGGCUAAAAUUCAUCAGUAACAGUGUCAUCGUCCCAGAAUGCAUCAGUAUCAUCAUCCCAGAAUUCAUUAGUAACAGUCCCAGAAUACACCAGCAACAUCAUCCUAGAAUCUAUCAGUAAAAUCAUCCACUAACAUAAUCCCAGAAUGCAUCAGUGUCUUCAUCCCAGAAUGCAUCAGUAUCAUUAUCCCAGAAUGCAUCAGUAACAGCAUCCUAGAAUGCAUCAGUUAUAAUUUCCAAGAACCUAU